AUCUAACAGACUGACCUGAUCAAGAAAUCGGCACAUUUGUAACUAUUACAUUAUUUUAGCUUAGCUCUAACUCCGUUUUUUCCUAUGACAUUUUACACUGCUUGUGGUAAUUGAUGUAUUGAAGAAAAAAAAAGCUGAAAAGUUAUUUGCUGAAAUUUAUAUAUUUAUAUUUACUACUUGAAUGAUAAUGGUUGAAUACUAAAAUAAUUUUUCCAGCCGAUUUCAACACAGAUAUCGAGGAUCUGCUUACUUUCAUUCACACAUAUUUGUUAAAAUAGCAACAGAAAGCAAUGGGAGCAUUUCAAGUAAAUAAAGAUUUGAUUCCUAAUAAAGCGCAUUAUUUUCUACUCCAUGGCGCUCAUGCGGACGUUUUGCCUUUCAUCACUGUGUAUGCCAAACAGUUGGGGAUUUCGGCAGAUGUCACUGGGCUCAUCAUGGCAAUUUUGUGUUCUGUCAUAUCACGACCUUUGAUAGGAAGCAUAGCCGACCACUUACAGAAACUGAAGCUGGUCAUGAUAGCUCUGAUUUUCAUAGACAUCUCGGCGGACAUGGGUUUGAACUUCAUUCCACCAUCGACGACAGUUCUAACACAAUCUUCAGUAGUUUGCCAUCAGAAUGUGUCCUAUAUCUUUCUGUUUGCUCCGUAUACCUGCAAAAAGAAUUCUUCGUUCUGUGACAAAUGCAUCCUUUCUUGUGAUAUAUGCCAGGAUGAUAGUGGCAUUUGUUUAAAAGACAGUUUAGGACACUCUGGAAAUUCAAAGGGUGGUAAUUUUUCAGACAUACCAUUUGAGUGUUUUGAAGAAGCGACGUCCUAUUGCCCUAAGGUCAAAAAUACAACAAUAUGCGUUGAAAAGGGAGAUGUUAAGAAUUCUUCCAAAAAUCCAAUUCUUCAUUUGUGUCUCCUGAGUAUUUUUACCGCUAUUAUUUACAUAUGCUAUGGGUCAAUUGUUAGCCUGUCAGAUGCAGCUUGCUGCAACGCUUUAGGCACUAGACCAGAACUCUAUGGUAAACAACGUCUAUCACUCGAUGCAAGCCAACUGGUUCUGGGUUGCUCGUCUGCCGUCCAGUGCUUUCUGGGAGAACUGCCUUUCUUCUUUUUCGCUGGAUGGAUCAUCUCCAAAAUCGGACAUAUCAACACAUUUACAAUGUCAUUUGUAGCGAAUGGAUUAAGAUUUUUCACUUAUUCGUUUAUAAAGAACCCAUGGUUGGGGUUGCUUAUAGACUUUUUACAAGGACCCUGCUUCGGUACCUUCUAUACAGCAAUGACAUCCUAUGCUAAGAAGAUUGCACCUGAAGGAACAGAGGCGACCGUGCAAGGAUUAGCAAGCGGAACCUUUGAAGGUUUAGGAGUGGCAACUGGAAGCCUACUUGGAGGUUACGGAUUUCGAACUUUUGGUGGACGCAAAACAUUAUUCUGGACAGGAAUUAUAUCCUUUGCUUUUGGAGUUAUUAAUUCCUUAAUCAACUAUAUAAUGAUUCGUAAUCAGUCUGAAACUCCAGAAAAAUGAACAAAAUUAACAAUAUUUCGGUAUUUUUUUAUCUAUCUACCAAGAAUCAUGGAUAUGACAACAUCA